ACGACAAGACAAUCCGAUCCUAACAAUGCGUAUACAUACUGAUUACUUAACCCACACAUUAACACUAGCAUCCCAAGCCAAAGUAACGCGGUUGUGUAUUUGAGCUUCGCAAGCCUAUACUUAAUACUCUACGGUUCUACUUCUACGUAAGCAACAGAGAAAGACCUAAAAACAAAAACACUUUUUUUUUUUGGUAAAGUGCACAGGUGUCCAAAACGCCGAAUCUGAUAGAAGGUCCGUGAAACGACGUGUGGUAACACGUUUUGCAUAGGGGAUUUAUUUUCUCAUGUUGUAAAGUGGGUGGGGGCAAGAAAGUGGAAUUGCAUGGGCGUGGAUCCGACGUGGAGACCCCAUCCAACGUCAAAAGAAGAAGGGGUUGAAGCAGCAACAAAUAUUUAAUAAAUCGUAAACAGACAAUGGCGUUUGUUGUUUUGACAAGAAAGGGAAGAGGCCUAAGGAGGAACAUGUUAACCAAUCUAUGCUAUUCCUCUCCUUCAUCUCUUCCUAUAAAUACCAAACCCCUAUUUCUUACCCCACCCUCACACACUUUCCAUUCAACAACAAUAUUAUCCAAUAGGAACCACCUCUCAAUUUCUGACAUUUUUCGAAUCGAGCGUUUCCGCCGCUCUCAUUCAAGAGAAGGAGCGUAGAGGCAGAAGAAAUGACGAUAAAACCUGCGGUUCGGGUUUCGGAGGGGAAACUUGUGGUGAAGGAUCGGACGAUUCUGACAGGGAUACCGGAGAACGUGGUGGAGACGUCGGCGACAGCUAGUGGGCCGGUGGAGGGAGUGUUUCUGGGAGCGGCGCUGGAGAAGGAAGAUAGCAGACACGUGGUUUCCUUGGGAACUUUAAGAGAGGUGCGAUUCAUGGCGUGCUUCCGAUUCAAGCUGUGGUGGAUGGCCCAGAAGAUGGGAGAUAGAGGUAGGGACAUUCCUUUGGAAACGCAAUUCUUAUUGGUUGAAACCAAAGAUGGGUCCCACCUUGACACUUCCAACAACCAGAUCGUGUAUACCGUUUUUCUCCCUCUCGUCGAAGGCUCCUUCAGAGCCUGCCUUCAGGGGAACACCGACGAUCACCUUCAGCUCUGCCUCGAGAGCGGCGACGCUGACACCAAAGCCUCCUCGUUCACUCACUCACUCUUCAUCAGCGCCGGCACCGAUCCCUUCGCCACCAUCCACCACGCCUUCCUCGCCGUCAGGAAUCACCUCAACACCUUCCGGUUGCGCCACGAGAAGAAACUUCCCGGCAUCGUGGAUUUCUUCGGGUGGUGCACGUGGGACGCGUUCUACCAGGAGGUCACUCAGGAAGGAGUGGAGGCCGGAAUCAACUCCCUCGCCGGCGGCAGAACGCCGCCCAAAUUCGUCAUCAUCGACGACGGUUGGCAGUCCGUGGGCAAAGACGACAAAGAAAACUCAGAUUCAAACUCAAACUCGAAUUCGUUGAUGAGGCUGACGGGGAUAAAAGAGAACGCGAAAUUUCAAAGCAAGGAGGAACCACAAUUGGGGAUAAAGAGCGUGGUGGACACGGCGAAGCAGAAGCACGGGGUCAAGUACGUGUACGUGUGGCACGCCAUCACAGGUUACUGGGGCGGAGUUCGACCCGGUGUGAAGGAAAUGGAGGAAUACGGUUCGGUUAUGAAGUACCCAAGUGUAUCGAGGGGAGUGGUGGAGAACGAGCCCACGUGGAAAAGCGAUGCCAUGGCGGUUGAGGGCUUGGGCCUCGUGAAUCCCAAAAAGGUAUUCACCUUCUACGACCAGUUGCACAGUUAUUUGGCGUCGGCGGGCGUAGACGGCGUUAAGGUGGACGUGCAGUGCAUAUUGGAGACUCUUGGGGCGGGCCUAGGUGGGAGGGUGGAACUCACGCGACAGUACCAUCACGCCCUCGACGCCUCCAUUUCUAGAAACUUCCCCGACAACGGCUGCAUCGCCUGCAUGAGCCACAAUACGGAUGCGCUCUACUGUUCCAAGCAAACGGCCGUCGUUAGGGCUUCUGAUGACUUUUACCCGCGCGAUCCCGUGUCUCACACCAUCCACAUUGCCUCUGUGGCGUACAAUAGCAUCUUCCUUGGGGAGAUCAUGCUUCCGGAUUGGGACAUGUUCCACUCGCUUCACCCCGCCGCGGAGUACCACGCUUCUGCUAGGGCCAUCAGCGGUGGGCCCCUCUACGUCAGCGACGCUCCCGGGAAGCACGACUUUCAAGUACUCAAGAAGAUGGUGUUACCGGAUGGGUCCGUGCUGCGGGCCCGUUUGCCUGGGAGGCCCACCAAGGACUGCUUGUUCACGGACCCGGCCCGCGACGGUGUGAGCCUACUGAAGAUAUGGAAUAUGAACAGGUACGGUGGAGUCCUGGGAGUGUAUAACUGCCAGGGUGCCGCGUGGAGCGCCACCGAGAGGAAGAACGCGUUUCACCAAACGGAUUCGGCUCCCAUCACGGGGUACGUGAGGGGCCAAGAUGUCCACCUCAUCUCGGAGGCCGUCGUGGAUGACGGCGGUUGGAACGGUGACUGCGCCCUCUACGGCCACCACUCCGCCCAGUUGGUGGUUCUUCCCCACAAUGCGGCUCUGCCCGUGUCCCUCAAGGUGCUGGAGCACGAGGUUUUCGCGGUUGCGCCCGUCAGGGUUCUGGCUCCUGGAUACGGGUUUGCUCCUCUCGGGCUUGUGAACAUGUUCAAUGCCGGUGGGGCCAUGGAGGGGUUGGUGUACGAGGUGAACGAAAAGGAUGAUGAGUUGGUUGGCGUGGUUCGUUUGGAGAUGAAAGGGUGCGGCAGGUUUGGGGCUUAUUCAUCGGCCCGGCCCACCAGGUGCAUGCUCGGAACUGACGCUGUAGAUUUUGAGUAUGACGCUGAUUCCGGGCUGCUGAGUUUCCUCAUAGAUCAUUUGCCCCGAGAGGGAGACAAGGUUCACACGAUUGAGAUUGAGCUACGGCGAUGAGUUAGUUAGUUAGUUAUUUUUAUUUUUUUAAAAAGCAGCUCAUAUAAUUUAUGACAGAGAGGAAGGGGAAAUUGGCAUUCCUUGGAUGCUGGGCUGGACUUGGUAUACAGUGAGAACAGGAGAUCUAGUUUUCAACAGUUGCCCUCUUUGAUUAUUGUCCCACUUUAAUGUUUACGAGACAUUUUUCAAAUGCUUAACAUGUGCCAAAAACAAUUUAUUUCCUUGUUUUUCUUAUAAAUUUAACAAAUAUUUCCCUCGUAAAAGGUCAUGAAGCCAAAAACUACUCAUGAUAAUAAGUUAAAAUAUAAUUAAAAUAUCACAAUUGUUUGAAACAUUAGCAAACGAAAAGGAGAUUAUGGAUUAAAAUGGAAUAUAAUACGUUCUAUCAUGUUAUUUUCCAUUUUAUCGUAUUUCAACAAUCCAAAUAGUAAUGACAACUGAAAAGAAGUUCGCCUCUGAUAUUCUCAUGUAUACAUACACAAACAGGGCUAAUAAUAAUGAAUUCCCCCAUACAUAACAAGUAACCAGAUUCCAGAUGUUCGUCUUCAGUCUUGGUUAGAGACUCCAUCAUCCUGAUGCUGCUCUAGAAGUAAACGCUCCAGCUCCUGUUCAUAUCCUUCAUCCUCCCCCAAUCCUGUUUGUCUAUAAAAUGUUUGUUUCUGGACAACCCAGUCAUCAGCAAUCUUCUCCACGACGUCUCCUAUCAGUUCCUUAUCUUGUGAUAUGUGCUUUAUGUUUUGGACGUCUACAAUUUUGCUUGCCUCUUUAAGGAGAAAACAAGACGAAUAGAAUUAGAUAAUGACAGCACCAAGAGUUAGGCAAAUUGCCACAGCCAGACAAAAAAACAUCCCAAACAGCCCCCCAAAAAUUAUUCAAGAUUCAAAAAGUGGACAAAAUAUUGUCAUUCUUUUUUUUUAAUGAAACAAUACAAUCUAUCGUCAUAGUGGCGGUGGCGGCCUUUCAGGACGAC